ACCCUACUGAAGUGGAUAUUUAUGUGUACAUUAAUUCAACACUUAAAUACACUUAUAAAACUACAACCGUUAAGUAAGGAAAAGGAUAGUAAAACUUCUAUACCACCAUCUAUGUGAAACGUUGUAGAUUAUUGUAUUUAGAGGUUCUAUAACACUAAUAGAAAUCAUGUGGAUCUUGUACUUUUUAGUAAUUGGUUUAUUGUUGGUUGACUUUUGUGAGAAUUCUAAAGUCUAUAUUACACAUGACAUUGGUGGUGCGAUAAAGCACUGUAAACCCAUAUAUAACUGUCCACCCGGACAUGAAAUUUUACCAUGCGUAGCUGAAUACACAAAAGACAUCUGUACAUCGUGUCCAUUAGGACUUGUCCAGCCUGAUUAUAUACAAUCUACCAUGGACACGGCUCUUACCAAGUGUUUUAAGAAUAAAAAUGUCGAUAAAUGUCGUCCAGAAGAUUUAGAGCCUAGUCGUGAAAACAGCGCAAAAGAUUGUAGUUCUGGCGCAGAUUUUUGUAAGUGUGAUACAGACAAGUGUUACUUUGGCAACCCAUGUGCCUGUACAUAUCGUGAAUGUGGUCUGGGUGAAACUAUGCUUUCAAAUGGAACAUGUCUCCAAUGUCCAGCAGGAACAUGGAAAAAUGAAUCCGGAUGUGGUCCAUGUUUUCCUUCCCAGGUUCCAGUUGUAAGUACUCAGGUAACACAAAUAAUUAUUACGUCUACAAAAACAAAAAGCACUCAGGUAACACAAAGAUUUUUUACGUCUACGAAAACAAAAAGUCGGCAAUAUGUUACAACCAGAAUUGAGAUCCUUCCAUUGACGGAAAGAGAAGCAAUCGUUACUUUGGUUCCAAGUAUUGGUAAAACACAAUCAAAAGGCGGAAUAACACACGGAAGAGCACAGACUCCAAAUUCAAUUGAAAAAACAUCUUCAAAUUCUUUAAUUGCAGUUGUUGUAGUGUUGGCAGGUUUUUGUAGUUGUUUGCGUAGUCCUUUUUCUUGUAUUGUUACGAAAGCACAGAAAUAAGACAGAUCAAGUGACUUUCUUGACUUCGAAAACGACAAUAUGUCAAUUAAAGGAAAUAACGAAAAACCAAAAUUAUGAAAUAAAUAUAAAACCUUAGACUAGCAGAUGUUCUGUGUGCUGAUUAUGAUGCCAUUUUUAGAUGCAGAUGUUAUAGAACAAGGAGGAAUUCUGGUUUCGGCGACUCUAAAUAACAAAAUGAAGAAUGACAAUGUUCUAAACGGAAUCCAAGAUAAAAUCGCUGGUGAUAUUGAGAACGAAGUAAACAAAGACAAUGUAAAUGAUCAAAGCAAAAAGACAACCAAUGAUUCCGCUCAUAAUAAUGAUUUUCGUCGAGAUGUAUUAUGCAGUGACAACGGAUUUCCGCAUAAUAUUAAAGACAUUGAAGUUAACAAAGUAGAAGAAUUGCCCAUAGCCAUUAUUGUAAUUUUUGAUAAAAAAAAAGAUAUAGUAUUGGCAGUCGAACAAUCAGAUAUUGAUCGAAUUGACAUUAUUGUCUGAGAACUACUGAUUGCCGAAAAUACAAAGGAUGUGCAUCAGGCAGAUUGUAUGGAAAAGCAAACACAAAUGCCUUUCGUGCAAGCUCCAAGAUUGGAUGAAGAUAGUUUAAAUACAAAUUCAACAAUUGGGUAUGCACAACUAACAGAACAUAGCUUAAACCCUGUGACACAAGUCUCAGAUGAAAGAUUAGAUCAAAAUACAGAGGAGGUCGGUUGUGGAUAUGGGUCCGAAGUUUCAGUUUCGAAUGCUAGCACGGAAGGAACAGAGAUCAUUACAAGCGGUCUAGAAAGUUUUAAUUAUAAAUUAACUGGACCGACAACACCAUCUGUUCAUAGUGAAAGUAUUCAACCUAAGCAGAUUAUUGUUAGAAAUGAUAGUGGCGUUUAUGACAGUGGAAAUGGAUAGCGCUGACAAUUUAUCAUUGAAGAGACUAGGCAGUUAAAUUUAUAAACAUAUUAGAGAGACGAUGAAAUCAGAGAAAGUUCAGGGCUUUAUAGUAUCUUUAUUAAAAGGAAUGUAUUA